CGCCUAAUGAGGAAAUUGUGUUGCUAUUCAAAGAAGCGAGAUUGCGCGCUACGCACAACACUCUGCACGCGACUGUCUUCCUCUUCUCUGUCCCCUCGUCUCUCGUCUCAUCUUGCAUCUCAUCAACCCUGCUCACUUACUGAGCUAUCUGUCCUUUCCUAUCUACACUGACUUGCUCAUUAAAAAGCUCCGCCUCUAUCUAGUCCAUUGAUAGAAUAUCAAAGCAACGUGAUGUUCUUCCAGAUUUUCCAGCUCUGGCUUCUCUCCUUCACGCUGGGCCUUUCUAGGGCUCAGAUGAAAUACGAACCGGAUACCAAUUCCCUCUUCUGCUCAAAGCCCGGAGGAAGCUACUGUGCCAGUGCGUCCCUCAAGGGCUCGACUAUGAUAUCCUGUGCCUCGUCCUCUUUCGCACAGAUCCGUUCCUGCAAUGUCGAGCUUGCUAAAAUCCUUCCAGGUGGCUACGAGUCAACUGCUGUCUGCUACGAAUCAUCCCCUGACUCCGGCGACGCUGUCUGCGCCUUCAACGGAACUGGAUACACUUUGAUCGGCUCAAAGAUUCAUAUCCCCGAGACUAUUCUCUGCGACACUGCCAGUCCCGAGAUUGAGCCUGUCUCCCUCCUGGAGAGAUCCAUCCCAGAAGAUGAGACCAAAAAUGGGUCUCCCAUGCAGACUGCUACCGGAACCAGCAUCCCCCUUUCACAGCUUUCUCCCUCUGCCAGUGCCAAUACUGCUAUCCCUCCCAAGCCCCUCAUUCACAAACAUCCUAUCUGCUCGAACCCAUGGCCAUUCACCAAGGCCAGCCCUACCGAAAAAGCCGCUGGUCCUGGACUUCUCGCUCCUAUGUUAUUCACGGCCACUUCGAACAGCUACGAGACUAGUAUUCCCUCGCAGUCGUCGAAGGUGCUCCCGUCAGUCAUCGAACAAAAUAAAUCUGGUGGUAUCUAUACUCCCAUCACAGAUGUCGUCACCAUCUACAAUAACCCCAAGACAACUGUGUACAUAACCUCGAUUGGGGCCACGCGCACCGUCACCAUCUACCCGACAUCCGGGAUGGAUGGUAUGAGUAGCCAAACUAUUGGCUCAUCGCCUUCGGAGACUAGUAUUAGUCUUGCCGUCUCGCAGGUGGUAAAUCAGUUGGAUAAAGUGUCGUUGAUGGUAGCCUUCGGUUGGUUUGUGGCGGGGUUUGCGGAUGGUGUGUUGAUUUGGCUUGCUCGGCAGAUCUUGUCUAAUGUGUGAUUUUCAUUUCUAUGAUCUGUGGUCUUCGUUGGGUUUUCUGUUCUUGAGAUUUUGAUCUUUUUCCCCUUUGAGUGGGCUUGGGAAAUACUGUUGGGAGUACCUGGGAUAUGUACAG